UUCCCUCCUCUCCACGUUUACACACUUCACCGCUUAUCCCCGGUCACCUUCACCCCCCAACUUGCUCCUAUUCCUAAAUUUCCAAACACCCAUCCCAUUAUCACGGCCAGGUUCAUUCUACACUUCCCAGUUGUACCGGUCACCUUUCUCACCUUUCUCUUUCUCUCUCUAUAAGACGCAAAUAUCAAUUUCCAUUCCUUUUUUAGGGUUAGGUUUUGGGUUUUUUUUCUCUUUGAAACUUCCAUGGAAGCGUCCUCUGUUUCAGCAAAUUCGAACCGAUCUCCGUCGUUUCGUUACUGUACUUGUAGCUUUUUCAGACGGUGUUGUCGUUGUUUCUGUUGCUGUUACUCGUAUCCCUGAAUAAAUUGAAUUCGUUUUUGUAAAAGUUGUUGUUGUUAUGGAUUUACCACACGCUCAACCUGCUCUUUCUCUCGGCUUCAGCUCGCACACUUCGGUUUCUGACGAUUCGAUUUCGCUGAAAAUCGAUUCGAGCUUUUGCGAUUCGUCGAAUUCGGUGCCGUCUGUUCCGCUACAGUUGCUACAGCAAAAGGAGGAGGUAAUCGAGAUUGAGAAUGAGGAUGGGGAAGGUGAAGACCAGAGUGAGGAUGAGAAAUUCAGCAUUUUGGGGCACCCAAUGUGUUUGAAGAGGUCUAGAGACUCGCUGCUCUGUCAGAACGCUACGAAGCGAGUCGCGGUGGAGCCCGGGCUCGAGGCGAGGCGGGUGGUUUGGGGUUGGGGGAACCAGCCACUCGGCGUGGCGGACCCGGAAAUCAACUCGAUUAUGGAGAAGGAAAAGCAGAGACAGUAUAAAGGGAUUGAAUUGAUCGCAUCGGAGAAUUACGUGUGCAGGGCUGUGAUGGAAGCUUUGGGCAGUCACUUGACAAACAAGUACUCGGAGGGAAUGCCUGGUGCAAGGUACUACACUGGGAAUCAACAUAUUGAUCAAAUUGAAUUGCUCUGUCACGAGCGCGCAUUAGCGGCGUUUGAUCUUGAUUCGGAGAAUUGGGGUGUGAAUGUUCAGCCAUACUCGUGUACCUCUGCGAAUUUCGCGGUUUACACGGGUCUUUUGCUCCCAAAGGAUCGGAUUAUGGGAUUGGAUUCUCCGUCAGGCGGGCAUUUGAGUCAUGGGUAUUACACUCCAAGUGGGAAGAAAGUCUCGGCUGCUUCUAUAUUCUUUGAGAAUUUGCCUUAUAAAGUGAACCCACAUACGGGUUUUAUUGAUUACGACAAGCUUGAGGAGAAAGCGCUUGAUUUUCGCCCCAAGAUACUUAUUUGUGGUGGGAGUUCGUACCCGAGGGAGUGGGAUUACGCGAGGUGUAGGCAGAUUGCGGAUAAAUGCGGAGCUGUGUUGAUGUGUGACAUGGCUCAUAUUAGCGGACUAGUGGCAGCCAAGGAAUGCACAAGCCCAUUUAAAUAUUGUGAUAUUGUUACCUCAACGACUCACAAAAGUCUCCGGGGUCCUAGGGGAGGUAUAAUCUUUUACAGGAGGGGUACGAAAUCAAGGAAACAGGGCUUGCUCCUUAGUCAUGGAGAUGGUAGUACUCAUUAUGAUUUUGAGGAAAGGAUAAACUUCGCAGUAUUUCCAUCGUUACAAGGGGGUCCUCACAAUAAUCACAUUGCUGCUCUUGCCAUAGCUUUAAAACAAGUAGCUACUCCAGAGUAUAAAGCCUAUAUGCAACAGGUGAAGAAAAAUGCUCAGGCAUUAGCGUCUGCUUUGUCGAGAAGAAAAUGCAAGCUGGUGACUGGGGGUACCGAUAAUCAUUUGUUGCUUUGGGAUCUAACUGCCCUAGGCUUAACAGGCAAGAACUAUGAGAAGGUCUGUGAGAUGUGUCACAUCACUCUCAAUAAAAGUGCUAUAUUUGGUGACAAUGGUGCUAUUUCUCCUGGAGGAGUAAGAAUUGGUACUCCUGCUAUGACAACAAGAGGUUGUUUAGAGGCUGAUUUUGAGACGAUUGCUGAGUUUCUUUUUAGGGCAGCCCAGAUUACUAGUAUGGUGCAGAGGGAACCUGGAAAAUUACAGAAAGAUUUUUUCAAGGGUCUGCAGAACAAUAAAAAUAUUGUUGAGCUCCGAAAUCAGGUCGAGACAUUUGCUUCCCAGUUUGCAAUGCCAGGAUUUGAUAUUUGAACAUGUGAAAGAGGCAGCCAGCUCACAUCUCUAAUAUCAUGAUGUUGCUUCUGUGGCCCACAUGGUAACCACCCAUCCAUUUUUCUCCCAGGCCCUCUCCUGUAAAUUACGCGCCCUAAAAUAGUUCAACAUUAAGAUUUUGUUGCCCAAAAAUUUUACAAGCAUCACUUACCCAAGUGCCUGUCUGACUAUCUAUUUUUGUGAUUUUGUAAAAUUUUUACCAAAAGGUCAUCUUUUUUAUUUCCUGAUAUAUUUGUGAAGGCGUCUCAAAGUUUUGGUCUGUAAUUGUUUAUCUGAAUACAUUUGUAAUUAAGGAACUGGGAUAGAUAUCGAAAGUUGCUUUUUCAAA